AGCAGCCAGCAACCCAUGGUGGCCAUUGGCCAAGCAGAAAACAAACCUUGUCUUAAACAUACUCCACCCAGUUCCUUAACUGAUUGCCCGCAGAACGGCUUGGCUGAAGCAAACAGAAAGCUUCUCCUUUCUGCUUCUCGCUUCUGGAAACGAAGGAGAGGAUUUCAGGUUCUUCAGGAUAGCAAGAGAAAAACAUUUGCCCAAAGCACCUGUUUCAUCAUGCAAAUUCUUCUAGGAUAUGUCCUCUUUACUGUGCUUCUAAGAACAGGUGCAGCUUUCCAAUGCAUAGUCUGUGAGAUGGAGGGUGCUUCAACCUGCACGGCCGAAUUCAAGAACUGUAACGCAGGUGAAAAUUCCUGCCUGAGGAGCCUGAGCGAAGACGUCAAAGGUGAAAAAACACAAACCAAGGUAGUUCUGGAUUGUGCACCGAGUACCCACUGCAACAAUCAGUUUAUUGAGCUGUCCUACGAAAAAGGAGUUUACGUAAGAAGACAGUACGAUUGCUGCAAAACUGACAAAUGCAACCCUCCCUCUACAAAAAUGCCUACGCUAAACACUACUACCAAUGGGAAGCAUUGUCCAGUCUGCUCUUUAGAGACAGGUCGCUGUUCGGUUGAUGUUCCUCUGGAAUGUACUGGAUCUGCAAUGUAUUGUUUUGAAGCUACUAUUAAAGAUGCCACAAAGAAACCCGUAAAAGGCUGCACCACGGAAUCCAUCUGUAAUAUACUAAAAACCUACCAAGGGCCACUUAUUGGGAACUUGGGGAUUCAGGAUGUAACCUGCCAAGAAGCCAAGAGUGACAGCAGCUGCUCCUCUCUGGCAGCUUUCCUCCUGGCUCUUCUGCCAAUGAAGCUUUUUCUCUUUAGUGCCUACUGAAAAAAAAAAAAAAAUCUCACUGUUCACCGAGAGACCAGUUCAGUUUGGCACUUGGUUUCUUUUCCCCAGUUUGGCCAUUUGGAGAUACUUUGAUUUUCUUUUUUUUAUUUGAAGAAGUCAAAGUCGUCUGGGAGUGAAACAAGAUCUAGUAUCAGUUUACGGAUCCAUUGAUGAAGUUGGACAUCGAGGCUGCCCAAAAUGUUGACAACGAGGCUCACAUCGGUGUCGUUUUCUUUCUUUCUUUUCCUUUUUAAAUAUAUUUUUAUUGUUCACAUAUUAAUAUAUUGGAUACAGUGUAGUUGUCCUGGCGUUCCACUUGCCAUGAAACGAAGGUUAAAAAAAACCACAAGAUAACAUAGAUGCUAUUUUAAACAGUGCUAGUGUUGUACAGUUAUUUCUGACCAUCCUAUUCUAGAACAGGGGUCAGCAACCCGCAGCUCUGGAGCCGCAUGUGGCUCUUUCAUCCCUCCGCUGCGGCUCCCUGUCGCUGGUUGGCGCCACAAUUUUGAGAGGAGCUUCCGGUUAGGGAGGGGAAAAGCAUGGCGUGCCAGGAGGAGACUCUAUGGCAAGGGGUGGGUUUUCUGGUUGGCUCCACAAUUGAUAGGGCUUUUGGUUAGGACAGGUAGAGGAAAAAGGACACCGCACUAGGAGGAAACUCUAUGGUGGGGGAACUGGACUUCCGGUCGGCUCCAGAAUUGAAUGGGGGGGCUUCUGGUUAGUACCUUUGUGGCUCUUUGCGGGUUUAAGGUUGCCGACCCCUGUUCUAGAAUGUCCAGCUUAUCUAUCAUCUUAAUACUUACGUUCUAAUACAUACAUAGUGUCUCGUUCCAUGUCCACCUAAGCUAAUUCUUUUGCAUUCCAACUUCUACCUCGUGCUUUUAGUAGAAUCUAUCUCAUGUAGAUGUAUUCUGUACAUCUGUACAUGUAUUCUGUAUCCCCUUUAUAUUUUCUUUUUAAUGUUAGUCUGUCCAUUUCCGCACAGACCAGUCUCUUCCUUACUGUCUCUUCUUCUGAAGGGGUGUUUUCACUCCUCCACUGCUGCGCGUACACAAUUCUUGCUGCAGUCAAGGUAUGUAAUAUUAGGUAUAUUGUCCCUUUGUCAAAACCAUCUGAUAUAAUGCCUAAUAAAAGUAAUUCUGGCUUAAACUCUA